AUGGGGGAAGGUUCAGGUUUCUUCUUGGAACCAGGAAGUCAGAUUGUGGCUGCGGCUGAGGGUUCCGGGAACGAGGAGCCUCUCGAGAUCAUGGAACUAGACCUGAAUAUCGCCCCUGAUGAGGCUUUCUCCGAACAGUCGCAAGCCCCUUCUUUCAGACAUGAGGACCACGCCAUUAAGGUGGAGCAAAUGCCUUUUAGACCGCUACCAACGUGUGAAGAAGAACUCUCAGAAGACCAGCGGGACUCCGGGGACGAGGUUAAGAACGAAAACAACGGGCAGGAAAAGAUCGGAACCGGCAGGGUGAACGAUGGGGACAUCGGAGGCCCGCGCCCUGAAAGCUUAGCUUGCAACGGUAUCUGCCCCGGCGCUUCUUCGCAGCCGGAAAGGUUUCAGGGCGCAAAUGACGUCAGCAUGCAGGUGGAGGCUCCAAAGCCAACCGCCUCACCAGCCUUCGGUCAGGUCACCGACUCGUCCACCGACUUUUCUCUCUUUCCUGAGGAAGACGUAGACAGCUCAAACUCGGAGGGCUCGGUGGAAGACGACGAGGCACCGGGGCAAGGUAAUUCGUACCAGUACUGGGCGGAAAAGCUGGAGCGGGAGUGUGCGACAAGAACUGGGCACGCGAAGCCGCCCGGGGGAACGUACGGGUGCGCGGUUUGCACCUCUGGCCGCGGCGCGCGGCGCGCGUUCCCGCACCUCGACGCGCUCGUGCGCCACGCCGAGACGACGACGAGCGGCGCGCGCGCGGCCGCCCACGUGGCCUACGCGCGCGCGCUGAACGAGCUGAAGGCGAGGCUGUCGGGAGAGAAGCCCGGGAAGCAGCUGGCGCGGCUCUCUGGCCCGGAAAAGAUCGUGAAGCCCCCGAUCGUGAUCGCCCAGAACUUGCGAACCAAGUUCGACGAGGAGAGGAAGCAGUGGAACGGAGUGUCGGGGAAAGUGCUCGGGGCGUCCCUCCGGGCAAAAGGGUACGAUGUAAAAGACCGGAACGUGAAGGAUCUUUGGAACGCCGGGGGCCACCGGGGCACCGCUUUUAUUCUCUUCGAGGCGACCGAGAGGGGGCUGCUCUGCGCGAAGCAGCUCGCGGAGAGCCAGGAGCAGCGCGGCCGCGGCCGCGUCGCGUGGGAGCACGCGCGGGCGGCCGGGGCGCGGCCGCGCGAGGAGGACGGCUCGCCGCUCGCGUUCUGUUACCUCGCGACGGCCGACGAUAUGCGCGCGCUCGACCCGCGCGCGAAGUCGACCGGGUGGGAGGAAAUCGAGCUGCAAACGCUGCUGAAGAAUUCUGUACGGGAGAGGGACCAACGGCAGGAACUAGAGCUGCGGCACGCGAAGGCGCAGAGCGAGCUGCGGGCGGCGGAGGGGAAGAAUCGGGAACUAGAGGGAGAGAAAAUGGACCUGGCGCGGCAGAACGAGGCGCUCAGAGGGGAGGUCGAGGCGAUCCGUGCGGCAACGGAAGCGGAAAAUCAGGCGCACGCGCAGGAGAUGCUCCGCCAGGUGGAGGAGCUGCAGGGCGCGCUCGCGGAGGAGGCGCUCGAAGCGAAGGCGGCCGCGGACGCGGAUCGCGCCGACAUGAGCCGACGACUGCGGGAGCUCCAGCCGGGCGGUCAGGAAUCCAAGAUAGACGAGGCAGGAGACUUCGACAGUGCCCACGAGCAGCUGUCAAAGAUAGUUGAGGACAGCUUUCAGAAGCUGGACAUCGCAUACAACGACCAGGAAGUCGCCUCGUUCGUCAGCCUGCGGAGCGCCUUUGAUCAGACCAGAGUGCAGAUGCGAAGGGUGCGCGAGGAGAACCGCCGCGCGGUUAUGAGGGAAUUCGAGCAGAAGCUGCGCGAGGUGGCGGAGCAGGCUGUGCGCGCGCGCGCGGAGAGCGAGCGGCUUCGGGAGGAGCGGAACGAACUAGACAACCGGAGGAACCAGCAAGGGGCGCCCGAGUGCAUCGUGUGCUCCGAGGAGUGGAGCGACAGCGUCAAGCGGUUCCAGUUCGACUGCGGGCACGCGGUCAUCUGCGAGAAAUGCUGCGAGAAGUAUAUCGCGACAGAGGAGGCCAAAAUGGGCAAAACUCGCGGCCGGAAGCAGCACAAGCUCAUGUGUCCCAUGGGCACCUGCGACCUCCGAAAGAACAAGAGGUUCAAGCCCGCAUACCUGGGAUGA